CUACCUGCGGGGCUUAGGCGGGAGGUUUUUGGUCAGGUUUGGCGCGCUCGUGGCCGCAGCUGCGCUCUCUCCUGCGGUUCUUAUCCUGCAUCUGCGCUGGUGUCAAUGUGGCUUCCAGUGGAGCGCAUUCGGGCGUCAAGACCGCGUUUGUGAGCCCUCGGGAUACUUGACAGCCGAUGAAGUUUCUCACCCCUGGCCCUUCGCCCUUACCUCCUGACGUACUGCAGGCAUCUUAGUGACAUAGGACAUGCAAGACACACAGCGGCUCAUCAUGCCGCAAUUCGGGUGCCUGCAAGCCCUUCGGGGCCCGAUGGUCGUGCGCAGCAUCCUCUACCGUCCAAGUCAUUAGCUACUAUAUCAUGUCAGACCUCCACACACGAGGCUGCGAAGGCCUGCCAGCCGGGUCGACGGCCGCACCCGUUCCCACCUCGGCGCCCGGAGAAAGUGACUACGGUCCUGACCACAGUCCGACUCCUGAGUCCGCGACGCCGUUCCCCUUCGCCUUCACGCCAGCUGUCUUCUCAGCUAUCGAUGAUGACGACGAGGACGGAAUCAGCGGCCUGUAUCGGCACCUUCUGGCUGACGACGACGCCACAGGCGCGGGCACGGCGACGGCCGACGGAAUUCCGUCUGCUCUAACAACAUCGUUGCCACCAAGCACCGCGGCGAUCACCGAUGGAGCUGCUGGAGACCUGCUGGAACUUUGGGCUUCGGUGUGCCGUCAGAACAGCAGCGGGGGAAACGUUGCAGAUACCAUGAUGCCAGGCGGGCCGCUUACGGCUUCCCCUGCGUGCCCGGGAUCGCCGCCACCGGUCCCCAGCACAGCGGCGGCAGUGGUGCAUCAGCCGGCGCUAACGCACACCCUGCCGGGGGCAAGCAACACCACCCUAUGCACGGCGGGCGCAGCGCUCCAAGCUCCACCGGGAGGAUGCGCUGCACUACAGCAGCAACUGCAGCAGGUGACGGCGGUGGGCGCUGCGUCGGUCCCGGCAUUGUUGGACAUUACGAGCGCUGCCUCUCCACCCGCGCCCGGCAGCGUGCUGACGGCACCGAUGCAGCAGGCUGCACCGGAUGGUAGGUGCCACACCACGAUGCAGCACGUGACUAUGCAUGCGACCGAGCAUGCUGCAGCAUGCGGCUCCCUGGUCGUGCACCAGCAGCUGCCGGCACCCCAGCCGACGCAGACGCCACAGCACCACCCACCACAGGUGCAGCAGCAGCAGCAGCCUCACCAGCAACAACAAUCAUCUCAAAACUAUCACCAGCAUGUGUUGCUGCAAGGGCAGUUCCAACAGCACCAGCAGCAACUGGGGCCGCCUUACUCGGGGUCUGCGGUGCCUGACGGCGCCCCCUGGCGGCGCAGCGGCGCGGCCGCGCUGGGCGACCCGCCCACACGUCAUGGCAGCACGCCGUUGCCGACCCCGGAGGUGAAGCGGUUGUAUGCGAACAGCACCAGCGCAUUGGCGGGGCUGGCGAGCGCCAAGUCGCUGCCAUGUGCUGCCGGCCGUGUGGCGGGCGGGUGGUUGCCUGCAGGCCGUAACGAGGGGCUCCAGACUGCUGCGGCAUCCCUACCGGCUGCGGCAUGGCACGACGCGCCGCAGUCGGCAGGUGGUGGGGCCCUGCCACCGACGGACGCCGUCUGCAGGCCUGGGCCAGGCGCUGCUCCCGCGCAGCAUUGCGCCCACCGGGAUAUGCAAAUGCAGGACCUGCACCAACACCAGCCGCCCCAGCCGCAGGUCGCGGGGUCGGUCGUGCAGGCGCAAUUAGGGGGCAGCUGGCCGCGUCUGCAUGUAGCAUUGUCGCCAAACCAUCCGCGGCCAAUCCUCCCGCCGUGCCCGCACCAACACCAGCUCGCGGCGCGGCCAUCUCAGCAGCGGCAAGUGCAGGCGCCGCACCCCAAGCGCAUGCCUGGUCCAUCCCAGCCGCCGGCGCUCCAGCGCCAGCAUUACGCGCCGCAGGGCCAGCACCCCAACUACCAGGGGGACCACGCGCCCGCUGCAGUACAUGCUGCCGUUCAGCCGGUGGACGUAGAACGCGGCAUUAUGCCACCGCGCCUGUGUGCGAAGCGGUCUGCGCUGGUGGGCCCAAGCGCGCCGGCGGGCAUAGGGCGUUGGACGCCAACGCAGCCGCAGUGCGGGGGUGCGGACGCGGCUGCUGCCGCUCCUCUUCCUCCUCACAACCAGCGCAGCGGCAGCUUUAGCGGCGCACCCGGCGACGGCACCAGUGGCCCCGGUGGAGUGGGCCUGGGCAAUGGCUUCGGCUGUCAGCCGCCGCAGCAGCCAGCCGUGUACGGCGCCAACAGGGUGCAGACAGGGCCCGAGGCGUGGCGGCUGUCUCAAGGCUAUCAGGGCGGCCAUGCGCCCGGCCCGGCGGGUGUGGCGCCGAAUGGCUGCAGCAGCACCUCUGACGGCAACAGCGCGAGCGGUGGCGCCAACAGCAGUCGGGCCAACGUCUAUGCGCACGGCAGCAGCAGUGACCACGGCUCGCAGCCGCCAAAGGACCUGCCUGCGCUGAAGCGCUGGCUGAUGAUGAUCGAGGAUGAGGUGCACAUGCGGAAGCGUCCACGUCACUUGGAUGGUGCGCACGAGCAGGAACCCAUGGCGCCGCCGCAGCGGCCGCCGGCGCCGAUGCCUGUGGCGCCUGCAGCGGCUUGCCAGGACGGGCAGGUGCCGUGCAACCCGCAACCACAGCUGCCGAACGGCGGUACCCCAGCUCAGCUGCCCCCCAGGGGCCCAGGUGGCAGCGUCGAUCGGCCCAUGCUACUCACGGCUCCGCCGCCGCGCCGCGCCACUGACACUGGUAUGGCAGCGUGGCCGCUACAACACCGCGGCGGCAGUGACGCGGCGGCAUAUGUCCCGUGUGGGCGCAACGGGCUGCCAGCAGACGCCGACGGGCCUGAGGGCAGGUCACGCAAGGGCUCGCUGUCAGCAGACGGCGCGGCAUGGCGGUGUGCGCCGCGGGCGGCCCACCAGCCGGCACACCCACAUCAGGAGCGGCAGACCGGACUGCCAGCAGGUGGCGUGGCGCAGCACGGUGCCCAUGCACAAGGUGCAGCCAACGCUGCUCAAGCCCGCUCUGGUGAGCCCGGUCAACCGCCUGAGAUGAAGGCCGACCCGCGAGUGGCGGCGCUUCGGCAAGGGUUCCGGAAAUGGCUCGAACAGCAGCAGCAGCAGCAGUCUGCCUUCCACACCGGCAAUCCGCAGCAGGUGCAACAGGGGCCUGGCCAUGAUGCCACCCCAAUCGCAGCCUAUGCGGCUUUCAGUGACGGUGCCGAGAAGCCUGCAGAGGUUCCCGAUCCGCAGGGCGCCGUGUUUGGCCCAGCCCCAGGGCCUGCGGCUGCCGGCGGCACUCGGCCGCUGCAACAGGGGGAGGCGGGGACCAGUGGUAUCUCCGUCCAUCAGCUACAGCAGCAGCAGCGCGAGCGGCUGCAGCAGCAACGGCAUGAGCGGCUCCAGAAGCAACUGCAGCUCAUGAACGAGCUGCAACUGCGACCGCCCACUGGCAGCCGCCCGGGCAACAACGCCCCCGCUGGUGUACCGCCUCUGCAGAACGCUCAGCUCUCGUCCGCGCCGGCCCUGCAAUGCGCGGGCGGCGCUGGCACCAGGCAGCCUGCCCCCUCGCAGUUCGGACGGCCAGUGCCGGCGGUAUGUGGCAGCGGUCCGAUGGGCGAGGCCCAGGGUCAUGUGGGGCCAUCGCCAGUCCACCAGCCCUGCACGGCGGUGCAGCACCAGCCGGAGCAGCAACAGCAGCUCCUGCCACAGCCGCUGCAACAACAUCAACUGAUGCUGCAGCAGCAGCAGCAGCAGCAGCAGCAGCAACAACGACACCAACAGCUUUUGCAGCAGCAGAAGCAGCAGCAGGAGAUGUUGUCGCAGAGACAUCACCAUGAGCGGCUGCAGCAGCAGCAACUGCAACAGCAACAACAACUGCUUUGGUCUCUGCAGCAACAAGGCCCCUUUGUGGCGCCGCAGGCGCAGCAACAACUGUCAAUUCUGCAAGGUGUGGAGAUGCGUCCGCCACACCAGAACAGUGGGAUCCGGGCUAGCCUGACCGGCGGCCCGGCGGCGCCCCAUCGGCAGCCGGUGAUGGAGCCAGCAGGAUCAUGCCCUGCUGCAGCCGUGGUACAGCGGGGCCCACCGCAUGCUGCGAGCCCCUGGGUCCAGGACCAGUCUGCUCAGGGCCUGUACCCGCCUGCGCCGCAGCAGUCAGGCAUGGUACAGACAGCGCACAUGCAGCACCGGGCACACGGCCAUGGCUCCAUGCCGCAGCAGCCGCAGCCGUGCCGUCAAGUGUCGCAGCCAUGUGCUGACCCGGCACAGCAGCGCGGCGGAGCGAUGCUUGGAGCGCCCGGCACCGAGCCGAGUGCGGCACUGCAGGCGGCGCCAAUGCACCUGCAUGCGCACAUGCUGGCAGCGGCGCAUCCGGCUACUCUGUUUGGCCAUGCCGCGCAGGUGCCGCCACAGGUUCCUCAACAGCAGCAACAGCAGCAGUGGCACCAGCUGCAGCAACAGCAGCGGACCCCGCGAAAGUAAUUUGGUAAGUAUACACAUAGGGGAUAGUUUCCCCGCCCUCCCGCCACGAAGGACUGGAUGUGGAGCCGCGGCUUCUGGCUGGAGUGCGGCGACUUCCCCACGUGCAAGGCCCGGGACCGCAAGAGCCGGCAGCGGGCGGCGAAGCGGGCGGCGGCGCAGCAGCCCAACAAGAAGCGCGGCGCGCCCUCUGCGGCUGCCUCCCGGUCUAAGAAGCGACGCAAUAGCUAAGGAUCAGGUCAAGAUUUAGAAGGGUGCAAGAAUGUGCAAUCGUGCCUGCCGAACACGCGGUGAGUAGAACAUGUGGGAGUAGACAGAGCUGCUGCUGAAAGGGCAGCUGGAUGGGAAAGGAUCCAAGUGGGGCUCUUCAACUGAUGUGCUAGUUUGGACAGAGCUCCCAAAACCCACCAUAGCACAUGAACUGCCGCUGUUUGUCCGUUUCACUGUGCUUCUACAUUCCCUGCAUUGUUUUAUUUCUUGGGUGUGAUGCAUUUCAUGUUAUAUACGGUCAAUGCCCCACGCGCGGCAAUUCACCACCAGCAGGGAUGCAGUGUGUGCUGUGCAAACGUUGUUACCUGAGCUUAUGAGGCGGACGGUGUCAGGCUUAUGUUCUGGCAUGCAGCGUGAAUGAAUCAGCAUGUUAUUGGUAUUCUGUGUUGGACAGCACUGAUGUUGUAUGCUUGUUCUCGGUGUGUUCAGGGGGGACGAAGCCCCCAAGGAGCAACCCUGUCCGUGCGUGCGUGCGUCGGUCGGCGCAAAAGUGUGACAGUAUCGCCGCAUAGCAGCAUACCCCUGCCUGUACGUUUGGCACGGACUUCUAUCACACGCUUCUUGUCGGGUCAUCACCAGGUGUGAUGGGUGCAUGACGCAUGUAUGGGGUUUCGCACCAGGUGAAGGCCGGUACCGCAUGUUCCCUGUGUCGUGUUCGUUGUCAUGGGGUAUGAGAGAUACCCCUGUGCAUGCUUGAGAGCAGUGCAGCUUUAAAUGUUCCAGGUUGCUUUCCAAAGUCGUGGGCUGUCUAGCACGUGCUUGUUUGCUGCAUGGAUUUCAGGUGGAUUGUUGCGGGUAUUAUAUUCCCCUGGCCUGGGUACCGUCCAACAGUAUUGGUUUUCCCUCCCAAGGGUAAAGUGGGCUGAGCCCACGCCACGUCUCCAUUCUGAGGCCCCAAGCGUCUACCUCAUCUCCCGGACAUAGCCGGAUUUGGACCCGCCUGAUUGCGAUCGAACGUUUUUAUCACUGACAGGGGUUGGGUCGAAUUUGAUGCGAGUCUGUGGUUGUAUGGCACUGCAGUGCAGGGCAAAGCAACUCGUGUGCACUGCGGUCUGGACUCUUAAGUAAGGAAACUCGUAUGUGCAAUGUCUGAAUCCUGGCUGGAGCCGAAGAGAUACUGUAAGCAUGUGCUAUUGGUUUGGGAGGUGGUUGGCGUGUCCGGGCAUUCGUUGUUCGGGUGGCGGUUGGCGUGUUGUCACGGAAGCCGUAGCGGUAGCGUUAUGACAUGGCAUGAUGGCAGAUGGCGGUGGGGCAAGUUUUGCACGCCUCGUUGCAGUUGUAUUGUUCUCACGUUUGGCCUUGUGACGCCAGAAUGUGACGACAGUGUGUAAGGGGAUGUAAGAAGACGAGGGA